UUUAUUUAAAAAUUGCUUAUUACCAAGUUGAAGUGUAAAAUUAAAUAAAUUUUCUUCUGCAAAUUUUUUGUUAAUAAUUAUCAAAAAUGAUUAUGGCAAAACUAAUUAUUUUUUUUAUACUUUUUUCCACUGCGAAUACAAUUGAAGACAUAAUUUGGAAUGAGGAGAACAAGGAAGUUUCUAUUGAAGCACCUCUUAAAAACUGUAGUGAAAUAUAUUGCAAACAACCCUGGAGAAUGAUCAAUUGGUAUAAUCAGAUUUAUCAUCAUAAAACUCACUUUGGCAUAAUUGUUAAGAAAGGUUCCGCUGUAUCACUAAAAAUUUCAGCAAAAGUUGAUAAUUUAAAGUUCUUCUGUCUCUCCCAAACAAAGAAAAGUCAUAAGAUUAAUCUCAAUGUCCUGCUUUUAAAAUCAGUCAUUAUAACCAUCAUACCUGAUAAUGAUUGUGUUCCUAUGAUUUCCGACUCCUACAACGCAAAGGUGAGAGUAACAAUCAACACUAAUUUCUGGAUCGAAUUGCCAACUUUCAAGUCCAAUGAUGUUGAUAAUUAUUCAAAAGAAGCGGAGUCUGCAUUUUACGAUGAUUUAAAACUAUACGGAUUUGUUGAAAACACUUAUACCCAAAUGUUGCUGUCAUUCGAUGAUAUUUCUAUCAUCAGGAAAAACAACUACACUCUGAAUGAUGGACUAUUAAAGCAAAAGAAAGUUCUCAAGUAUUAUGAUUCUCUGUUUGGCGUUGGCACUGUAAGAGGUUUGUGUAAUUCGAAAACAAUUUCACCCCAGGAGCAUACGAUUUUGUUUCUGAUGAACACGUGUCCGAAUGAGGGAACAUGCGAGGUGGAAAGGCAAAGCAAUUUGAUAAGGAUUGAUAACAAUUUAGAUUGGUUGAAACCUUCUGGCAAGUUAAAUAUGACGCUAUUGACUCAAUUUGGACACUACUAUGAGAUUAGUAACAAUCUUAUUGGUUUUAAAGACAUUGGCAAUGUGUGGAGCAUGAUUUAUGCUGUUUUCUUUCAACGAACCAACGAUAAAGAAAUGUACACCACGAGAUCUUUAAAUUCGAACUAUGAAAGUAUUGUGAAACGGUAUAAAAGCGGUGAUCUUAUUGACAAAUGGAGCGGUGAGGAAAAAUUAAAUUUUUUCCUCAGUCUUUUUGAUUACGGUGGUGAUGAUAGAAUAAUUAAAGAAUUCCAUAAGAGUUAUGCUCGUAUCAAGAAUCUUACUUUUAAACGUAGAAGUUAUUUGAUGCCGUUAAUAAAUCCAGAAUUAGAACUGUUAUUAGUGAGUGGGCAUCCAAUAAUGUCUGUCUUGGAUUUUAAUUUAUCAUCUACUGGAUCCACUGGAUCCACUGGAUCCACUGGAUCCACUGAUUUGAGUGACAUGGUUCAGAGGCAAAAUUUCAUGCAAAUUCCUGCUUUCAAAGACGAGGAGAAAUUUGUAAGGGUUAAAUUUAUUGUUACUCCAUUCAUCAUGUCAAUGAGAGGAAUUUCUUUAUAUUUGAAUAAUGUACCUCACAAAAUUGAUACCGAAUCGUUUGAAUUAACCUUGUCAAGGGAUGUCUACUCUGUCUAUAUUGCAGAAAAGUCUUACUUUAGUGACGUGAAAUAUCAUGCAAUCGCUGCUAAUCAAACAACAAUUACCAUUCAUGUGAAAAGAAUAGAGAAAAAUGACAUAAGUUCACCUUUGAUCCAUUCUUCUAUCUAUCUUACAGACGAUGAUGGCAGAAUACUCCUAAAGGUUUUCAUAGACUACAAAAGAUUGACAAUUUCCAAGGUACAAGUAUCUAAUAAAUUACAAAAAAAUGUAUUCUCUAUCGAAUUAAAAAGAGGUUGCAAGGACAUUUUUUCUUAUACUCUGAAUAAAACCCUUAGAAAAAUAGAUCGUAAAGAAAAAUUUACAUUUAGAAUGAAUGACAGGCUAUUUAUUUAUCAUAAUAAGCCGAAAAAUGUGAUUAUCAAUAGAAAAAAAUUAAGUGACAUAAUAACGUGGCGUACUUUUGUCUUCACAAAGAACGUCUUCAAACACAUUGCACGUCCCGGCUAUUUCGCUUUUGGUGACAAGUUCAAUAUUACUGCUAAAGGUUUAUACGACGAAGAGUUUCUAGUAAUAGACGUGGAUUACAACACAAAUAUCAUAAUAUUUGUGUUCAAUGGAUCAAGAUUACUAUUGGAGAAAAAUCAAACAUUUGAAAUUAAUGAUAAAUUACAUUUGUUCCAUUUCGAACCCAGUCGUUUAUUUAUUGGAGGUAUUAAUGUACGUAAAUUUAUAACUAAUCGUCUAGUUGACGAACGCAUUCUGUUACUAUCAAAUCACGGCCUAAUGGAUGUUGAUGAUAUUGAUAUGUUAUUUUUGAAAGAGAACAUUAAUCAGAUAGUAAAUUUCUAUACUCUUCAUGAAAAUAGUUUAAAGUACAAUCCUCUCUACAAUUAUUACGUCGAUAAAUAUGUUGAUUCUUUAAAAAGUUACAAUUACACUGACAAAAUUUCUGAUAUAUUGAAAAAAUUUGGAAUACAGUCACGACAAGCAGAACAUCUAUUUUUACCUAGAAUAUCUGAUGGCUUUGUUAGCCGAAACAACAUAUAA